AUGACGUUGAUGCACUUAGACCCAGAUGACCGAGAUGAACCAAAUGACACAGAUGAACCAGAUGACCCAGAGCAACAGAAACUAUUUCGGUGUGUAUCAGGAAAUAUGGAUAGCAAAAGGAUUCGACUGUACCUCGGCCUGGACAAUCUGGUGGUGGAUUGCAUGCUCCAGAAGAAACCAGGCGUCUCAGCUAUACAGUACCGGAACCAACUGAAGCUCUACACAUCAUCUGGUCUCCUGCCCACCAUGGUCAUCUAUAACAGCACUAACUCAGCCACCUUCCCCUUUAAAUUAAUUAUGAAUGCAUCCACCUGGAGAGUGAACGUCCCCAGAUACAACAUUACUAUCCACACAGUGGCAGCACCUGUGGAUGAGUGGUAUGUGGAGUUCAGUAUGUUCCAUGGCUUCUCUAUGUUCAGCAGCAAGGAAUCCAUCCUGGACACACUGAAGGGAACACUACUGGAUGUGGCCAGAGAGCCCAUCCUGCAGUGGACGAUAGGGGAGGAGUUGUCGUCUCGUAUCAUUGAACCACAUCUCCACCGGGUCCUGAAACUACAAGUCAGCCAGAGUCCCUGUGCCGGUGAUGUGGCCGUGCUGGCACCUGUCUUCGCUCCAGGAGGACACACAGGGGUGAUUCUCAGUGUCACCAGAUCUGCCUUCACCGCUCAGGCACGAUGGUUCAAUGCCACGAGAUCACUAUGUAGCUUGAUCAAUGAAGUGUGUGUGUCUGGCUGUGCGGGGAUCUCCAUCGUGGACCUGAAGCUGACCAACUGUCACCUGUUCCUGCUGACCAACCGGGGGCUCUUCAUCAGCCAGGAUCUCCUUUCCCCUGUCACAGGCACUCUCAAUUUCACCUUGCUGUUCCUCCCUGCACUAGGUCAGAUGGACUACUCUGCCACCACCUUGUGGUUUUCCUCUCAAUGUGUGACAGAUCGCAUCUAUUUCAGUGAAGACACACUCAGUUUGAUUUCCAAUGAAGGAGAAGGUGAAAACCUGCAUUCUAGGUGUGUGUACAGUAAGUACCCCUUCACGAGGUGGUUCCUGUGCCAGGCCUCUGCUGCUGACAUCGCGAAGAACCCCAAACACCGUUACCUGUCCUUCCUCCAUGACCACCACCAACACACUGGCCUACUGCUCUCACACACUGAGAUGAUACCACUAUCAUUCUUCUGUGAUCCGUCCCAGGGGUUUAAUUUGUCCCACGUGGGGAAGGCUGUGGUAGUACCAGGCUUCAGCAGUUACCUCAUCACAGGGCUGGUGCACAGCGGCAGUGCCCUAGCCAAACCCACUAUGCCAGCCCUAGUGCUCCCCCUGACCAGCCACCGGUCAGGAGAGUGGCUGCUCUUCCACUCUGCAGGCCGGGGGAGCUGGGGGAUGAAGGAGGGGCUAUGUCGUCACACCCUGCAGUCAUUGGACGGUGUGAGGAAUAACGCUCUGAUAAGGAUCAACGUCAGAGAAGAGCUCAACUUCACCUUCAAGGCCUUCAUGUCCGACUACUCUCUGUCCAUGGUGUACCAUAAGAAGUUCAUGCGUGUGGUUCUGACCAACCCUCUGGCCUUCCGAGUCACAGCCAGACACUCCUGGGAUGACACCAACAACCACAUACUCACCCUCACCGCCUUCAGUCACCUCUGCAAGAAGGCAACCACCACAGUGAUGGUAUACAUCCCAGAAGCCUCUCUGUUGUGUAGGUCCUCCUCCUUCACCUUCACGCUACAGAACUCCUGCCCCGAGGGACUCCAAAUCGUCUAUGUCUCCCAACAGCCAAUCAGUGACCACGAAUGGAUCCACACGGAUCCAGUAGAUCACAUGAACAACAAGAGGCUCUUCAACCUGCCUGUGAACUACCGGCCUCCCUCCCAACUAGGUGUUUUAAUCCCGACCACAGACAAUAUCUAUAACGCUGACCCAAGUCAUCCCCACCCCAGACAGUUCUACCCCAUCUCCAAGAACUCUGGUCGGUAUAAGCAGUGUGCAGGGAAAAGGUCAGCAGAGGAAUGUGGCUGUACAGACAGACUGAAAGUCUCUCCUCUAGCCAUCAACUCUGACUGCAGACAGAGGGUGCUGAGACUAACGUUUCCUGUGACUGACUUCAACAUCACCUUGUUCCUGAGGAGAACCAACCACGCUGACCACCCGCUCUGCUCUCCUUACUUUGUUACUGUCACGGAGGUCAACAACCGGACCAGCUGGAAGGUCACAGGGACCCAUGCCACCCCCACCAUGGACAGGAUGAGACAAUAUUUUGAAGACAGUCUAAAGAACAAUCUCUACAACCCAGAGGGACUGCAGAUCAGCCUUUAUGGCUCUGAGCUUUUCCACUUCCGUAUCUCUGUCAUUCCUGGAGUUGUGUUGUGUGACCUGGUGGAGGAGGUACAGAUCUACGUAGACGAGCCUCCGCUGGCGUUCCCAACCCAACACCUCGUCAACAACAUGACAGCCAUCAUCCUGGGAGGCUUGCUGCUCGUUGGCUUCCUUCUCAUAUACAACGGCGUUGCCAUGCCAACCAAGAGCAGCAUCAAAACCCUCAAGAAACAUAAGAGGGUUGACCUUAAAAUGAGGGACAGACGUAAAUUAAUCACGAAUCCCAUCAACUAA